AUGUCCGCUCAUGUGGAUGAUGAGCACCAGGCUUCGGACACGGACUCCGCAGCGUGCAUUCGUGACUUCAAAAAUCCUGGACCGCCUCUUCUGGCCAUCCACACAACAUUGGGCCUUGAUGAAUACAACAACCUCGAAUGCCGAGAAGCAUCGCCCACUUCAGUAGAAGAUAUUUGCAGGGAUGCAUCGGAAGGGAAUGAAAACAGACCGCCCGAAGACAAACCCCUGUUGAAUGACAUUUCCUCAUUCCUUGAGAUCAUGCACUCGAAGAAUAUCACACUCAAAAAGCUCAUCAAAAAGCAACAGGUGCAAAUUACACAGCUCACCUUAGAGAACGAUGAGUUGAGAUAUGAAAAUUAUACUAAGGGUGCCGACAUUCGAAUGCUACAAAUGCAGCUCGCCGGUAUGAGACCGGAACCUGAUCAGGCCGACAACAUGACGGCCGGCCGCACCUACUCUAACUUGCCUUUUCGACAGGACGGGUCCUUGGUAAGAAAAAAAGAAGAUGGUGCACCAAACGCUGUCUCCAUCGCAGCAUCGGAGGACCCACUCACCGCAAUACAACUUAAGGAACACACACUGCCACCAUCCACUUGUUCACCAUAUGCCCAACAAGGUGAGGAUCACAUGAAGCCGAAUGCCGCAUUGUGGAAGUUUGACUUGUAUGCACUUUGCGAGCCAUUAGCACGGGGGCUAGUGUUAGCAAUCAUGUAUCCGACGUAGCGACAAGGUGUUAAAAUAAGGAGCAGGAAGAUAAAGAAACGUGUGUGGUCUUUGUUUAUCUCGACCCUGCCACU